CUGCUGAUUCACUUCUUCUUUCCAGGUUGUUCUCUCGGUUCUUCCUCUCCUUUCUUCCAGAUCUCUUCUUCCCCAUGAUGCCCAGUCUCUUCCUUAUUCUCUUCGAUUUCUCUGUGCAGAGUGGUGACCAAAGAUGGACUGCACGGCUCUGAAGGAUCUUGGUCCGGACUCAUUUCGAGCAAAGAUUAGGGUUCGAUUUGCUAGAGUCUGGGAGUUCCGAAGCCCAGAUAAGGCAGCUUUGUAUACUGUUGAUUUCGUGGUGUUGAUGGACAUAAAUCCACAAUGGAAGGUUGGAUCCUAGGAAAGAGAUGGGAGCAGUUUAAAGAUCUGAUAAAAGAAGGAUCAGUCUACACUGUUGAAAAGUUUGAUUUGGCCAAACCAAAAAAGAACUAUCGUUCAGUGGAUAAUCCUUUAAGGAUCUGUUUCACUUAGAGGACAAAAGUGGCAGAGAUUGUGCCACCGCCUGAGAACUUUCCUAUAUUUGCUUAUACUGCUCUUCCCUUGAGCAUGUUAUCAGAUCGAGUUGACAGUGUUAUUACCUUAUCUGAUGUGGUUGGCCUGGUGAACAAGGUGACGCCCCUACUACUUCCUCCAUCUGGAAAAGCUAAAAGCCAUAGGCGACAGCUAUAUAUCACAAAUGGCAGCACACAUGCUACUGUUACAUUGUGGGGAGAACAAGCUGAUUUGCUUGAUGUCGAUGAGCUGAUAGCGGCAUCAGCUCAAGGGCCAAUUAUAGUUCUUUUUGUUGGCAUGACAGUUGGCGAGUAUUCAGGUUUACUUGCCCUUCAGAGUACGUCAGUAACAAGAUGCUAUGUAAAUGCACCACUCCCAGAAAUUGCUGAUGUCCGAGAAAAGACAAAGGAUCUUCCAUACCACAUAGAGUGGCACACUGGAAAGACCAAAAAUGACGCUGAGCCAAUACCUUCAUCGAUCACAGAGAUAUCAACGUUUGAACCAAAUGAUAUCAUGGGAAUGCGUUACAAAAUUUCUUUCAAAAUCACCGAGAUCCAUGAAGGCGAUGGGUGCUAUUAUAUGAGUUGCACAGACUGCUGGAAAAAAUUGAUCCCAGAAAGUGGGAGCUACAGGUGUCCUGAUUGCACCACAACUGUACCUUUACCAAGGUACAGGUUUGUCGUCCGAGCAGUUGAUACCAACUCAACAGACAAAGAUGAUGCAAAAUUUGCUGAUCUGUAUUUCUUUGGCCCGAGAGGAGAAGCUGCCGUUGGACAAAAAGCGCUAUCACUUCUUGCAAGUGUUAAUGAGCAGCCUACCAGACUACCAGAUGACCUGCUCGCUAUUGUAGGAAAGGAGUUUGUCACACACUAACUUUUGCAACCUUGUUUAAUUGUCCUGAGUGCAAAAAUUAGGGGGAACAAAAAACUUUUUCGAAAGGCUA